AUGGCACUCACUCAGCAACCAUGGUCAGUAAGUUUCAAUACUUCAAUGGACAAUUUUGAACGACGCCGAGAUGAAACAAAGAAUAUGGAAGGUAGAAGCCUUCUAACGGGUCCAAUACCACCAACGCCGGGUUUUGAGAACGAUUUUCAGAUUAGAAGUACUCCAACUUCGGCUCGUGGCAUUAGAGUAAGUGGUGUCGAUGCCAAAGCGAUAUACAAUCGAUCCGUUCAAGGUAGUGGUGUGCCUUUCUUAUUUAAAGUUCAAGACAAUGGACUAUCUCGUUUUGGUAGUGGAACGAAAACUAAACCGAUAAAAAAUCAUAUGGCUGAAAAUAUGAAACGUAUUCGUCACGCGAUGAGACAAUCAAAGAUGCGUGAAAAUGAAAAGGAGCAACAGAAACCAGUACCCGUCAAAGCGUUGUGGCAAUCGCAACAAUGGAAACAUGUUCAAUCAAAAGUAAAAGAGAAUUUAGAGAAUCAAGAAAAAUCUGUGUCCCGUCCUCAAUCAGCAAAUUAUCUUAAACCACACGAAAAUACUGGCCCACAUUUUAGACGUCCACAAUCUGUUUCCAAUUCCAGACGAAAUUCUAUUGCAUCCGAAGUUGAUGCGUCAAAUACGAAUUCUAAUUGUCGAAAAGAUGAUGGUAAAUUAGAUUACGUUAAAUUGAAUACAUUAUGGGCUAAAAAUGUGCCGAAAGUACGAAAAAGUACUAGUGAAGAAGUUGUUCAACAAACGCAAGAAAAAAAACAGAAAGAAUUUCAAGAUUAUAAACAAAAUCAAAAAGGAAAAGUACCAGACUAUAUUGACCGCAUUCGGGAAGAACGUGAUCAGGAACGUACUGAUCAAUCUCGAAAUGCACCUGAUCCAGAGUGUCCAAAAGGCCAUGUUAAAGUACAAGAAGAUGAACGUAGAAGAACAUUACAAACACUACAACUAAAUCAAAAAGAUCUUGUGCAGCGACUUGGCCAUUUACCUAUCCGCAAUGAUUCGGUAACAUUACGUAAAACAAAAGAAGAUUUAGAAAAAAAAAUCAUUGAAUUAGAUGAAGCUAUAAAAAUAUUUUCAAAACCGAAAGUAUUCAUUAAAAUAGAUGAAUAA